CUUUUAUAUAUCCCACAAUCCCAUGUUCACGUAAAGUUGGCCGCCAUUUUGUUGCCGGACAAGAGGGCUUCACAGAAAGAAACGGCUAUCAAAAUGCUCUCUCGUGUGCAUUUAGCAAGGAGAUUAGUCUCGGGUACAUCAAGAUUUCUACAGGCAUCCAAAACAAGUUUUCCUGCAGUGACAAGGUUCUGUCAGACUGAGGUUGAAAAGAAAGAACCAGAGUUUGGACAGUUUUUUAGAGAUGUUAGUGCUAAACUCAAGCAGAAGACUGGAGAAACAGGUCAUUUAAUGUUGUUUGGUGGCCUGGGUGCUUAUGCUUUGUCAAAAGAGUUGUUUGUUAUUCAUGAAGAGACAUACUUAGCUGCUGUCAUGGCAGGUACAUUCAUCUGGGUUAUCAAGAAGUCUGGAUCAUCUGUAGCUGAAUUACUUGACAACUACUCUAAAGAAAUAUUGGAUAAUUUUAAUCUUUCUCGGAAUCAACAAAUUGAUGCACUCAAUAAUGCAAUUGCAAAUGAGAUGAAGUUAGAUGAUAUGCUGCUGUGUCGUAUUGACAUWGCUGAAAUCUUAAAGGAAAACAAUGUUAUGGGUAUGGAACUUGAGUAUCGUAACAGGUUACAUAACGUCAAAAAUGAAGUCAAGAAACGACUUGACUACCAACUGGAAUUAGAGAACUUCAAGCGUAAAACAGAACAAGACCACAUCAUUGACUGGGUAGAGAAAGAGGUUAUAAAGAGUAUUACUCCACAACAGGAGAAAGAAAGCAUAAACCAGUGCAUCAAAGAUCUUAAAGCAAUGGCAGUUUAGUGUUAAAGGUGGUGUUUUCAUUGUGAAUUGACUGUGUGCUUUGUAAUKAUUGAAUUACUUUGCAGUYUUGGCUGCUCAUUGAAUAAAAGGUUUUACUUUCA